AUGCUACAUCUUGGACAGAUGCGUCAUCUUGAGCAAGCCAAGAAGAUGUUUAAGAACGUGUAUUUGAUCGCAGGAGUGACUGAGGAUGAUGAAACUAUCCGUUACAAAAGCCACAUAGUAAACUCAAUGGUAGAACGUGCAGAAAUGCUAAGACAUAUAAAAUGGGUCGAUGAAGUAAUUGCGCCGUGCCCUUGGAUUAUCACUCCAGAGUUCUUUCAUAAGAACAAACUGGACUUUGUUGCUCACGACGAUAUUCCCUACAGCGCUGUCCAGAAAGUUUCUGAAAAUAAGACCAAACACUGUGAAGAUAUUUAUAAAUGGCUCAAAGAUGAGGGUAAAUUUAAGGCUACUUAUCGUACUGAAGGCAUUAGCACAACUGAAUGUAUUAUUAAAAUUCUUCAGAAUUAUGAGGAUUUCAUUGACAAGUUUUUGAAGAAUGGUUUGAAACCUUCUGAACUUAAUAUUCCAAUUACUACCGGAAAGUCAAUUCUACUAAAGAAAACCAUACUCACACUACUUGAUAAACUAUCCACACAACUUACUCAAUUGACACUUACCAAUGAACCUCUCGGUGCUGGAUUUAAUGAUCGUAUUGAUUUAGUGAUAUCAAAUUUAUUCAAGGGAGUGGCAAUUUGGUUAAAUAAGCACAGUAUAAUUUUGGAGGACUUUAAGGAAAUUCCAUACGUGCCUUCCCAUGAAACGGUUUACAGUAAAUCUGUUUCUUUGGAACCAGUUGAGUCAAUUCCAAAACCCAAUUUGCCGUCUGCAAACUAUAAGGAAGACGAAGAAGUUGUAGUGUAUACUUAUGGCGUCUUUGACCUUUUGCACUAUGGCCAUGCGAGACAUUUCGAAUAUGUUAAGAAAAUGUUCAGCCGAGUGAGGUUGAUUGUCGGAGUAUUGACUGACGAGGACACAGUCACAUGUAAGGGCAGGCUCAUACAGCCUCUCCAUAUAAGGGCCGCAACUCUUGAACAUAUCAAAUGGGUUGACGAAAUUCUAUCGCCUUGUCCUCUUGAGCUCACUCAAGAGUUUCUAAACAAACAUAGGAUAGAUUAUGUCUGCUACAACGACGAUCCUAUGAUUAAUACCGAGAGUCCCUUGUGGUGUAGUUUGAAUAAACUUGGCCGUGUGAUUUAUGUUCCGAAAACAGUCUCAAUGUGCACCACGUCACUUAUGUUAAACAUAUUAAAGAAUUAUGAUAUUUAUUUAAAACGGUCACUUGACCGUGGCGUUUGCAGACGUGAGCUAAAGCUUGGCUAUGCUAAGGAAAGGUCAUUGAUGGUCAAGAGUUCCAUCAAAAACUUUCAAAAGAAGUUAAAUGAUGAAAUUACACAAUUAACAUUAAUGGAUAAACACAUUGUAUCUAUGGUUUUCCGUUACGGUGCUUGUACACACCACUAA